CGUCUGUCUAUCAGUUGAGACUGUCUGAAACAGCUUCUGGAUCCACCGCGUUUCCAUUUUCCUUUUUUUGGGAGACCUUCGGAUCAGUCCCUGGAGUUUCCCCCUCUCUCCUUUUUCUGCUUUUUUAAGAGACAAAUAUUUUAGUCCAUGUCGAUGUGAUCUGUUUGUUGGCGAAGCUUUGGAUGCGCCUGCGUCUUGUUUGUUUCCCCUCUCUCUCAAGUGAUAUCCUCUCCACCGCAUCAGCCACCCCUCCAAAAAAAAAAAACCGACUCUGUCCAAGAUGCGAUGAGAUGAGCGGUGGAAAUUAUUUCCACGAGUCUUAAAACGUCUGUGGCAGAAGAAGAGAAGGAAACACAAGGAUACAUUACUUAUCAGAGCUGCGCGCUGCGCUCACACGGGACUUAUUUGUUUUGUUACCGUCAGAGUUUAUUUAUUUUUUAGUUUUGGUGUGCGUAAAAAGGCGCAGCAAACUAUCGCCCCCCUUUCAAGCAGCACUGGAGAUUAGGGAGAUUUUUUUCCAGGGGGAGUGAACUAAAAACUUGGGUUUCAAGGUGCUUUCUCCCUGCUUCUGCUGCUACUUCUUUUCUCUUUUUUUACUCUGCCAUGAGAGAAAUGAAGGAAGAUGAUCUUUGAUGGACAUGAAGGUGUCAGGAGCUGGCCGAAUCCCUUCGUAAUUUUUGUGCUUAUUGUCGAAGCCGAUCCAGCUUUUAAGUCCAAAAAAGAGCAAGCAGUUUGAAAAGAAGACAGCUCCGAGAUCAAAAGCCUUCCCCCCUGAAAAACGGGAUGAUUUUUCAAAACUGAUAGACUUGAUUUGUUUGUAAUUCCUGCAUGAGAAGCACCGUGGAAAGUGACGGUCACUAUGCCGAGGAGAAAGCAGCAAGAGCCGCGGCGAUCAGCAGCGUAUAUGCCCGAAGAUGAGCUUAAGACAGCCGAUCACGAUGAGGAAGAGCACCUGCAGGAUGACGGCCUCUCAUUAGACGGCCAGGACACUGAGUUUCUGUGCAAUGAAGAAGAGGAAGAUGUGGAUGGAGGCCAACCACCAAGUUACAGAGACUCUCCAUUAAGCAAUGGCACGAACCCUGACGCUGGGUAUGGUUCUCCACUCAGUGACGCCAGCGACCGGCUGACGGACUUCAAGAGCACCUCUUCUAGGGACGGUCAUGAGAGGGAAGGCACAGCUUUGCCCUUCCGCCCCAACAACGGCCUCUCUUUCCAGGAUAGCCUGGCACAGAUGAAAGCCGUCUAUGCAAACCUCAUCUCAGAUGCCUCUUGGUCCAGCAUCACAAUGGACAUCAUGAAAUCGAAGCCUGCUGCAGCUGGCAGUGUGAACAGUGCCCUCACCACUCCAGAGCCCGCCUCUACUGCUUCUGUCUCCAUAACUACGACCACAAACAAGAGCAGUGGGGCCAGCAUGGCUAGCAGUCAGCAUAACGGCAGGAGCUCAAGCACCACUGUCAACCACACAGGCAGCGCUAGUGGCAAUACUAAUGGCACAGCAGCUAGCUCUGUUAGCAGCCACAGUGCAACCAGCAGCAGUGGGAGCAGCACUGUUGGGGCUAGUAAUGGUAGUAGUGUAGCCUAUGACUGGCACCAGGCAGCACUUGCCAAAACUCUUCAGCAGACCCCUUACCACCUUUUACCAGAACCCAGUCUCUUCAGCACAGUGCAGCUCUACCGGCAGAACAACAAGCUGUAUGGUUCUGUUUUCACUGGUGCAAGCAAGUUUCGUUGCAAAGACUGCAGCGCUGCCUAUGACACACUGGUGGGCUUAACAGUCCACAUGAAUGAGACGGGCCACUAUCGAGAUGACAACAAGGACAAAGAGGAGGACCAGGGAAAGCGCUGGUCCAAACCUCGUAAGCGCUCCCUGAUGGAGAUGGAGGGGAAAGAGGAUGCGCAGAAGGUGCUGAAGUGCAUGUACUGUGGCCACUCAUUUGAGUCUCUGCAAGAUCUCAGCGUUCAUAUGAUCAAGACCAAGCAUUACCAGAAAGUGCCUCUCAAAGAACCGGUGCCAGCCUUGGCCACUAAACUGGUGUCCACGUCAGCUAAAAAACGAGCUAUUCAUGAUGCUAUAGUCUCCCCAUGCUCUCCAGACUCUGUACAUGCUGGUAGUGGUGGAGGUAGUGUAUCCCUUGGGGAUGUUGGCAAAGAUGGAAAAUCUGCAGCUAACCCUUAUGUUACGCCAAACAACCGCUAUGGGUACCAGAAUGGUGCCAGCUACACAUGGCAGUUUGAAGCUCGCAAAGCCCAGAUCCUCAAAUGCAUGGAGUGUGGGAGCUCCCAUGAUACACUGCAACAGCUGACUGCCCACAUGAUGGUGACUGGUCACUUUUUGAAGGUUACGAAUUCUGCAUCCAAGAAGGGCAAACAGCUGGUUUUUGAUCCAGUGGUGGAAGAGAAGAUUCAGUCAAUCCCACUGCCACCAACCACAACCAGACUCCCUGUUCCAAGUGGCGUAAAGUCCCAGCCGGUGUCCCCUGCCCUCUCCUCUGGCUCAGAGGAAAAGAGGGAAGGAGGUGAGGAUGAAAAGGUCGAAGGCUGUGAGCCAAUGGAAAGAAAAAUCAAGGAAGAAAAAGAUGACUCAGGUGAGAAAUCUGAGACAGACACCACAUCGUAUAAAUACCUUAGAGAAGAAGAUCUGGAGGAGGCACCAAAAGGGGGGUUAGAUAUUCUUAAGUCCCUUGAGAAUACAGUUUCCAGUGCCAUCAGCAAGGCCCAGACAGGGACACCCACAUGGGGUGGCUACCCCAGCAUUCAUGCAGCCUACCAGCUGCAUGGUGCCAAUAAGAGCAGUGGUACAAUUCUACCCCCAAUGAUCCAGAGUGUCCAGAUGCAGCCAAUGUUUAACAGUGGGCUACGGGGCUUGGUGACUGACCCCAACUCGGUCAUCCAUUCGCCUCGGAGCCCGUCCUCCCCUACCCCCCUCAGGAGCAACGUCACUGCCAUGGAGGAGCUCGUAGAGAAAGUGACAGGGAAAGCUGCCACUGUGAAGAAAGAAAAGGAGGAGAAGAUGGUGAGCCUGGAACGAUGCCGGCCCCCAUCGUUAGUAAAAUCCCCCUCUCCUGCACUCAGAGAGCAGAGAGAACACUUAGCAUCUCCGAAUGACCUUUCUGUAGGUAAACCAUCUGGUAUGAGAAGUAGCAGCCCAGGCAGUGUAGAUUCAGAGCUCAUCUGCAAGAAGGAGCCCAAAGAGAGCCUAGUCGAUGGCCACAACAACCAUUCAAAGAAUGGCUCUGAGGCGUGCCAAUCCCCAGUAACUAACGGCAACAGUCUUGGCAUCAUCACCGAUCACUCACCGGAAAGUCCUUUCAUCAACCCUCUCAGUGCACUCCAGUCAAUCAUGAACACACACCUGGGUAAGGCCUCCAAACCAGUAAGCCCAGCUGCAGACCCAUUAUCUAUGCUGUACAAAAUCAGCAACAGCAUGAUGGAUAAGCCAGCUUUCAACCCAACUCCUCAGGGCAAGCCAGCUGAGCCCAUCAACCACUAUCAGUUGUAUGACAACAGUGAUCAGCCCAUUGAUCUGAGUAAAAAUAAGGCCGCCAUUAAUAGCAACAGUAACAACAACAACAACAGCAGCAGCAAUGUGCUCUUGACCAACAAUAGUGUAAAUGGUAAUAAACCCCUAAUUUCUCUCCCUGACUCAGUGUCCUCUCCACUGCGGGAGAACGCUCUAAUGGACAUUUCGGAUAUGGUAAAGAACCUCACUGGAAGACUGACGCCCAAAUCUUCAACGCCGUCCUCCAUCUCAGAGAAGUCGGAUGCCGACGGCAGUGCUUUUGAGGACGCCCUAGAGGAUCUUUCCCCGGUGCAGAAGAGGAAAGGGAGACAAUCCAACUGGAAUCCCCAGCACCUCCUCAUCCUCCAGGCACAGUUCGCCUCCAGCCUGAGGGAGACCUCAGAAGGCCGCUAUGCCAUGACUGACCUGGGCCCCCAGGAAAGGGUCCACAUCUGUAAGUUCACAGGCCUCUCCAUGACCACCAUAUCCCACUGGCUGGCUAAUGUCAAGUACCAGCUGAGACGGACUGGGGGCACCAAGUUUCUCAAGAACAUGGACUCGUGCCAGCCUGUGUUCCUCUGUGGUGACUGUGCCUCCCAGUUCAGGACUCCCUCCUCCUACAUCAGCCACCUGGAGUCUCACCUGGGCUUCAGCUUGAAGGACCUGUCCAAACUGUCAACUGAGCACCUUCGGGAGCAGCAGGCUGCCUCAAAGGUGAUCACAGACAAAAUGACAUUCAGCAGCCCCCUGUCAGCCUUGACCACGGCAGAGGACGACACAGGCUCUGUGUACCAGUGCAGACUUUGCAAUCGGACAUUCGUCAGCAAACACGCAGUCAAACUGCACCUCAGCAAGACCCACGGCAAGUCUCCAGAGGACCACCUGGUGUUUGUCACUGCUCUGGAGAAACUGGAGAAGCUAGACAAGAUGGAGAAGGUUUAAGCGGGGUCUCGUGCUGAGAGUAGAGACUGACAGCUGUGGAACUGACUAGAAUUUCAUUGCACUAAAAUGACAUUGUUCACAGUUACUGCACUGGGCCGAACUGAGCCGCCAGAAAAAAAUCGGUCUUAUUAUUUUUUUUGUUGUGAUAACUGCCUGACUGGACCAUGUCUUUUCAUGUUAAUUUGUUUUUGUUUUGCCAAGCUUUUU